AUGAUCUCCCUAUUGAAAAGGUUUCGACGAACACAGACGAAUGGCGGCACAGAGAAGGAACACGACAAGGAGGAAGGCGCUAGCAAGACAGAAUACGACGACGAGGAACCCGAGGAGGGAAAGCCGGUGUCGCGACCCAAAACAUCUUCAUGUCGCCUCUCUAGAUCUCAGAGCACGACGUUGGGUCAGAAGCGUCUAAUGAAAGAGUACCAGCAGUAUUCGACGAACAAGAGCGACUACUUCACGGUCGAACUCGUCGACGAUAUGUUAACAAACUGGAACAUCAAAGUCUCCAAGUUCGAUCCCGACAGUCACAUCGCGCAAGACAUGACGAGAAUGGGCAUUCCGCACGUUGUCCUAAACGCCGCCUUUCCCGACGACUACCCGUUGAGACCGCCAUUUCUGCGCGUCGUCUGUCCUCGGAUCGACAACGGAUUUAUCUUGCGCGGUGGUGCGAUCUGUAUGGAAUUGUUGACGCAGAAAGGAUGGUCGAGCGCUUACACGAUCGAAGCCGUCGUCAUGCAGUUUGUGUCGACGGUCGUGAAGGGAAAGGGGAAAAUAGCGAAGUGGGGAAAGAAUAAGGAAUAUAAGAAGAAGGAUGCGGAGAAGACGUUUAGAGAAGUGGUGAUGCUGCACGAUGCGAAAGGCUGGCGAACUCCGCCCAAGUGGGAGGGGUGA